AUGAUAAGUAUUCAUGUUCAGAUUCUUCUGAUAAUUCUUUUUUGGAAUUCUGACUGUCAGAUUAUUCCCAGGAUUGAAGAAUGCGGACUUUCAUGUUCUCAGGGGAUUCAUUGUAAAAGUAAACCUUCCAGUGACAUUUUUAACAGCUUCUGCCAUAAUGCUCCUGCAUCUUUAUCUUCUACGGUACUGAAAAGCAUGAAGAUCUCAACAGUGAUGAAAUGUGCCCAAGGAAGCCCAUGCUCUCUUCAUUUAAACAUUAAAGGAACUCUGAGUCUGGAUGAAAAUAUCCGUGGGCUGGAAAUAUGUUCUCUUUCACUGGACACACAGCAAUCUCAGUGCACAAAUGUGAGAUUUGCUAGGAAAAAAAGCAAGAUGCUUAAUGGAAAGAAGGUACAGAUACAAUUCAACUGCAUUGAAGUUAAUGUAGCACAACACAUCUAUGUGACCAUGAAAACAGUACCAAAUUACUGCAAAGUCAAGCUGAGUCAGGAAUACUACGUUGAAGAUUGCAGAAACAGUGAUGUGGGAAAAUAUAUUCCAGCUUGUUCGGCCGGCAAGUUUGAUUAUAAUAUAGACAGGGCGAGGAAAAUUAUAUCAGUGAAUGUUUCCAACUUUCUUGGAGAUCAAAAUUAUUACGUUCGCCUGUGCCACAAAUGGUUUACCUGUGAAGAUGUAGGGGCAUUUGCUGUGAUAAAAGGGAAGGAAUCUUUAAAGUCAGUUUCACUGAAAUAUUCUCAGCUACUCCCUUGUCUAUGCAUUGAGGGUUGGCUGACAAUUCCAGAUGCAAGAAGGAUACAACUUUGCCCCUUUGAAAAUGAUACGAAGGUGCUAUGGGAUAAUAUUGUUUAUAACCCAGCGACACAAACCCUAGCUUGGGAGCCGGCCUGUCCUGUGCUUGUCAUGGUUAACCUAUGCAGGUUAAUGAAGUCUAACGACCACUGUGAAGAUAUACAAAACUCUUCCAAAAAUUCUUCUGAAAAAGUUAAAUAUUCUCGUGUGGACACUCACCCGAGACUUUGCAUGAAGUUUACAACCAAGCAAGGCUCUUGGGUCAAAUGUCCAUUUGCUCAUGGAGAAUUUCCAGCUUGGAAAAUGAGAACUGCUGCAGUUGCACAACAAAUAGAAGUUUUCUUCACAUCCCAAACCAAGGCACAAUUCUCAGUUCUUGUGUGUAACAGGACGCAGCUGGCCUCAUGUGAAUCCAUUGGGAUGCACCAUUCAGUCUCUGUGGGCUGGAGGACAGAUGUAGAUUACUCAGUUCCACUGCAAAUCUGUGAUAUCCACUGUGGUUUUCGUGGUCAGACAUAUGGUGAUGGAAACCCAGCAAAGGCCAUGACGCACAGAAUGAAGAGUGUGCAUUCUUUGCAUUGA